GUCGUGCUGUAAUUUGCAGAAUCACCAUGGCGUUGAGGGAGACAGCGGGGCUGUACGAGACGCUGAAAGCUGAGUGGAACAAGAAAAGCCCCAAUCUCAGUAAAUGUGGCGAACUACUCACGAAGCUCAAGGUGUCAUUACUGGAGCUGAACUUUCUACCCACAAGUGGCUCCACGUUCACCAAGCAGCAACUUAUUUUAGCGCGUGAUGUUCUUGAAAUUGGAGCCCUAUGGAGUAUCUUGAAAAAAGACAUCCCCUCCUUUGAGAGAUACAUGGCUCAGCUCAAAUGCUACUACUUUGACUACAAGGAGGAGCUGCCGGAGGCGGCCUACAUGCAUCAAAUUCUGGGACUCAACCUGCUCUUCCUGCUCUCGCAGAACCGCGUGUCCGAAUUUCACACGGAGCUGGAACGGCUGAGUGCGCGGGACAUUCAGACCAAUGUGUACAUUAGGCAUCCUGUGUCCUUAGAGCAGUAUUUAAUGGAAGGAAGCUACAACAAAGUGUUCCUGGCCAAAGGCAACAUCCCGGCAGAGAGCUACACCUUUUUCAUCGACAUCCUGCUCGACACCAUUCGUGACGAGAUUGCCGGAUGCAUCGAGAAAGCCUACGAGCAGAUUCAGUUCACCGAGGCCACACGUGUGCUUUUCUUCACGUCGUCAAAAAAGAUGACCGAUUACGCUAAGAAGCGCGGCUGGAGCCUGAACGCGGCCGCUUGCUACUCGUUCAGCAGUCAGCAGCAGCGCACGGAAGAGGUCAGCAUCCCAUCCACAGAGUUGGCCCAGCAGGUCAUCGAGUACGCCAGGCAGUUGGAGAUGAUCGUCUGAACCAACCCGCGAUAUGGGACACAAGCUUUCCUUUCAGAUUAUUAUUGCCUUUUUUUUUUUUUUUUUUUACUCCAACUUGACAAAGUUUACUGUCUUUCUACGAUUACACGUGAUGUCGUACGUCUCGCAAAAGUCAAACAGUACUCCUAAUUGUAAUUAACUUGAUUAAAAAGAGGAAAAAAACAA